AUAAAAUUUCGUUACUCGUUUAGGCCCGACCCGAACAAGUCCUCUGCGUUUUCUCCCUCAAGCAAUCGGCUUCCGAGUUUCAACUUCAAGGCUUUCGAAUCUCUCAGUCUCUUCCUUUCUAUCUCGAUCUCACCCUCUGCAGCGGCAACUCUUGCAAUUUCUGCUCCCAUCGAUCUCUCCGCAAGUAACUAAAGGGGCAAUGGCAGAAGGGGAGGAGGACCUGCCAAGGGAUGCUAAGAUUGUGAAGUCGUUGCUGAAAUCAAUGGGUGUCGAGGACUAUGAACCUCGCGUUGUUCAUCAGUUUCUUGAGCUGUGGUAUCGUUAUGUUGUGGACGUAUUGACAGAUGCGCAGGUCUACUCGGAGCAUGCUGGGAAGCAAACCAUCGACUGCGAUGAUGUCAAGCUUGCUAUUCAAUCCAAAGUCAAUUUCAGCUUCUCACAACCCCCACCGCGAGAGGUGCUAUUGGAGUUAGCAAGAAAUCGGAACAAAGUUCCAUUGCCGAAGGCCAUACCGGCACCUGGUAUCGCCAUCCCUCCUGACCAGGAUACGUUGAUCAAUACAAACUACCAAUUUGCUAUCCCUAGGAAGCAGGCAGUGGAAGAGACGGAAGAGGAUGAAGAAAGUGUUGAUCCUAAUCCCUCCCAAGAGCAGAAGACGGAUAUGCCGCAGCCAACUUCUCAAAGAGUAUCAUUUCCCCUGGCUAAGCGCUCAAAGUGAGGAUUCAAUUGGUUAGCUUUGUAAGAUGUUUCAGCUAGCCCUUCGUGUAGGAUAUUAUGCAUGAAGUUGUAUCAUUACUAAAGAGAAAAGGUUGUUUAUCCGUUAUCAUGGUGGUAUGUAAAGGAUCAUUUCAAUGGUAUCAAAAUUCUGCUUCCAGUGUUAGUGUAA